GGGGGUCCGGGGGGCCCGGGGGGCCCGGGGGGCCCGUGCCUGCGGCGGGAGCUGAAGCUGCUGGAGUCCAUCUUCCACCGCGGCCACGAGCGGUUCCGCAUCGCCAGCGCCUGCCUGGACGAGCUCAGCUGCGAGUUUCUGCUGGCCGGGGCCGCCGCCGCCGCCGCCGCCGGGGGGGCCUCCGGGGCCGCCGCGGGGCCCGCCCCGCCCCCCCCGACCAGGGGCCCCGGCGACCCCGUCCGCAUCCACUGCAACAUCACGGAGUCGUACCCGGCCGUGCCCCCGAUCUGGUCCGUGGAGUCGGAUGACCCCAGCCUGGCGGCCGUCCUGGAGCGCCUGGGAGACGUCAGGAAGGGCAACACGCUGUUACUGCAGCACCUGAAGCGCAUCAUCUCGGACCUGUGCAAACUGUACAACCUCCCGCAGCACCCCGACGUCGAAAUGCUGGAUCAGCCCCUGCCCGCGGAACAGUGCACCCAGGAAGACGCUUCCUCGGAGGACGAAGAUGAGGAGAUGCCCGAGGACACGGAGGACCUGGAUCACUACGAGAUGAAGGAGGAGGAGCCCGCCGAGGGCAAGAAGUCGGAGGACGAGGGCAUCGGCAAAGAGAACCUGGCCAUCCUAGAGAAGAUCAAAAAGAACCAGAGGCAAGAUUACCUCAACGGCGCCGUGUCCGGCUCCGUGCAGGCCACCGAUCGGCUGAUGAAGGAACUCAGGGAUAUUUACCGGUCACAGAGUUUCAAGGGCGGAAACUAUGCAGUUGAGCUGGUGAACGACAGUCUGUACGAUUGGGACGUCAAACUCCUCAAGGUCGACCAGGACAGUGCUCUGCACAACGAUCUCCAGGUUCUCAAAGAGAAGGAAGGAGCCGACUUCAUCCUGCUAAACUUCUCCUUUAAAGAUAAUUUCCCCUUUGACCCCCCCUUCGUCAGGGUGGUGUCUCCCGUCCUCUCCGGAGGGUACGUCCUGGGAGGAGGAGCCAUCUGCAUGGAGCUCCUGACCAAACAGGGCUGGAGCAGCGCCUACUCCAUCGAGUCGGUCAUCAUGCAGAUCAGCGCGACGCUGGUGAAGGGGAAGGCGCGAGUCCAGUUCGGAGCCAAUAAAUCACAGUACAGCUUGACCAGAGCCCAGCAGUCCUACAAGUCCCUCGUGCAGAUCCACGAAAAGAACGGCUGGUACACACCCCCAAAAGAAGACGGUUAAUUGCCGGGGGCGGGGGGGCCGCCCCUCUCCCGGGCCCGGCCCCCGCCACCCCGCCCCGGGGACCCAAUGGACCAAUUCUCCCAGCGAGGCCCCGCCGGCGCCCCCCGCCCUCCCCCCAGGCGG